UCUUCUUACAAAUGGAAGCAUUAAUAUGCAAAUAAUUACUUUUUUAUCGUGUGUCUUUGUUUCUUACAUAGAUCUUGUAUUAUGGCUGUAGACUUCUACUACUUCCAUAAAAAUGAAGAUAUUAAACAAAAACAAAAUGACGUCCUGCGUCGACGCGAUCGUUGGGUAGAAUUGGUCAAAACCUAACCUAAUAACAACAGUCGAAACUGGAAGAGGCAAAUAAAUAUUUUUAUGUGUAUGUCAGUGUAAUGAUGUUCAGUAAUAAAAAAAACAGUAUACCUCCAAGACCGCUUUUACCAAGUCAAGAACAUAUGUUGGAAGAUCUCAAUAAUGCUGUUGUGGAUGAUUCUGCGUUUAAAAUCAUAAAUGAUUUAUGUAUAAAGGAAUCUUAUGGUUUAUCAAGCACUAAUAAUUCUGAUGACAUAUAUAAGAAAGUCAAAGCUUAUUUAAAUACUAAACAGCAAUUGAGGCAAUUGGAAUGUACUUUGAAGAAAGAAGAACAGCAAUUGCAGACAAAUAACGAGGAAAUAAGGAAAUUAGCAGAUGAUAUUAGAAAGCAGGCUGAAGCUGCUCUAAUAACAUAUGAAUAAUAAAUAUAUUAAUAUUAUCUUGGAUGUCAUUUUAUAUCUUUGAAAUUAUAUAUAUAAUUCCAUAUAGCAAAUGUUCACUAAAUAUCCUAAGAAUGUUUUAAGAAUAUUCAAAUAUUCUUAGGAUAUUUAUUGAACAUUUAUGCUGCAUGGGAUCUCAAAAUUUUACUCAACUGAUUUUUAAUUUAAAUAUUUCACUAUUCCUUGUAAAGCUAUAGAACUUUUAGAGUAAAUAAUAUUGUUAUAAAUAUAUGUAUAAAUAUUUAUUAAAAAUAAAUUUAUCUUAUUAUUUAUAUUA